ACACAGAAGAAAGAGGACAAAUCAUCUCUCAUCGUUGACGAGGCGAACGGUCCUUUCGAAUUCACGUCAGACGGCAACGUCGUCAACGCCAGCGACAGCGGCGAAAAUGGAACGCCGAGCCAAUCAUUCCAAUUCCACCACAACACCUACGGGUACGGGUCCCGCCGACGUUGUCCCGGUAACUGUGACUGCUGUCCCGCAUGUUGCACACGGAUACCGAAGCGUUAUGUAGUGGCAAUCAUGAGCUGUAUUGGCUUCCUCAUAUCGUUUGGAAUCAGAUGUAAUCUGGGCGUGGCGAUUGUCGAUAUGGUGAAUAAUGAGACGGUUCAUUUCGGUGGAGUCGCACAGAUACAUGAGCCUGAAUUCAGUUGGAGCGUCAAAACGAUAGGUGCGAUGCAUGGUUCGUUUUUCUGGGGUUACAUAAUAACUCAGGUACCCGGUGGAUUCCUCGCAGCUCGGUUUCCCGCAAACAGAAUAUUUGCCACAGCUAUCUUCAUUUCGUCCAUUUUAAAUCUUUUCAUUCCUCUGGCAUGUCACGUGAGCCCUAUGAUGGUGAUCGCAAUCAGGAUGCUGCAGGGUUUCGUUGAGGGAGUUGAAUAUCCAGCUUGCCACGGUAUGUGGAGUAAAUGGGCGCCCCCUCUAGAAAGGAGUAAACUCGCUACUAUUGCCUUUUCAGGGUCGUAUGCCGGAGCAGUGAUAGGAAUGCCUAUUGCUGGUAUCUUAACAGACUACGCAGGAUGGCCGGCCGUAUUCUAUGUAUUCGGGGCCAUGGGAAUCAUUUGGUAUGUAUUUUUCAUGUGGAUAGUCCACGAAACACCGGCUAAACACCCAACCAUUACCAAAGAGGAGAGGAAUUAUAUCGAAGAGAGCAUCGGAGAGGGGCGGGGACUAGUCGCUCAACGGAUUACGGUGAGGAACGUUCCGUGGAAGAAAUUCUUCACUUCAAUGCCAGUAUAUGCCAUCAUCGUAGCUAACUUCUGUCGUAGUUGGACCUUUUAUCUCCUGUUAACGAGCCAGCCUUCGUAUUUCGAACAAGUUUUUGAUUACGCAAUAUCUAAGGUUGGAUUCAUCUCGGCCUUACCUCAUCUCGUCAUGGCGAUCAUCGUUCCUUUUGGUGGACAACUCGCUGAUUUCCUUCGAAGAAGACAAUAUAUGUCGACCACCAUGGUUCGAAAAGUGUUUAAUUGCGGAGGUUUCGGUGGAGAGGCGAUAUUUUUGCUAGUGACUGCAUAUUCAAGAGGUCGUAUGCUUGCAAUUAUAUCACUCUGCUUAGCUGUAGGAUCCAGUGGGUUCGCUAUAUCAGGUUUCAAUGUAAAUCAUCUAGAUAUUGCUCCCCGAUAUGCUAGUAUCUUAAUGGGAAUCUCAAACGCUGUAGGAACGCUAUCAGGUAUCAUAUGUCCCGAGGUAACGGGCACCCUCACCAAAGACCAUACUGCAGAUGAAUGGGAGAAGGUUUAUUUGGUAGCAGCAAUCGUCCAUUUUACAGGUGUUCUCUUCUAUGGCAUAUUCGCUUCAGGAGAAAAACAGCCGUGGGCAGAACUUCCAAACCUCCCGAUACAGGACGGUUUCGUAACUGACAAUGGUGUCGGCGGACCCGGUUUGAAGAGUUAUGGCGCCCUCACCGAAUCCGGUCAGACAAUGAUGCCGACGAGUGUUACAAACGGCGGUUAUGGGCUAUCAAGUUCAGUCUACCCCACCACGAAAGAAUCCUUCGUCCAACCGUUGCCCUACCGCAGGAAUAGCAGCAGUGAAGACAGCACAAUAGAUGGGGAGGAACGCGAUUCAUAGUACGCCCUCAAUGAUGGAAUGUGUAGAAUAGAAUAUUGACUUGCGCGUGUAGCUCUUGGGAAUUUUCACCAAAUCAUGAAUUUGCUGGUACUAUCUUAUGAAGAGAUGUACAUGUAUAAGAACAGAUGCAAGAUCGUCACUGAUCCUUAUCACUCAAAACCGAGUUUUGUUUAACCACAAUGAUAUUGGGGAGGGGGGGGGGGAGUCAAAGACACUUUAUUUUUGUAAAUCAUUGACCUGUUUAAAAGCCCUUGGAUGAAAUGGGUCUCCUCCAUGUGGCUAUUCUAGUCCCCUACUUCUAGCCCUCUACUUUUUCUUCAUUGUGUAGGCUGAUUAAAAAGGCAACCCAAUACGAUAGAAAUGUUGCGUAAAGUUUGCUUGAUUAACUGAUUAAUGUAAAAAAAAACGAUAUACAAGCAAAAAGAAAUUGAAGUAAAACAAACUCUUUUCGGCUAAGCCCAUUACGAUGAGCAUUAAUGUGAUGUGUUAGAGGACAGUAUGCAAGACGUCAAAGAGCCUCAAAGAUUGGUGUAAAUUGAAUAGAGUAUGAUUUCGUAGUCCGUCCAAGCUUUGAGGGUGUAUAUUAUUCAGGGGCGGUGCCAAGAGUUGAGGGCUGGGGCGCCCGCAUCAUAUGAUCAUUAGUGUAGUGAAAGCAACAUAAGAGGAUGGGAAAGGGGAGAACGGGGUACAAAGAUCAGUACAAAUACUAAUUUAUUCCGUGUAAACCACAUAAACAUAAUUUGGAAAAAUAUGACUUCACAUUUUAAUUGUUUUGCCCUUGUCCCCCAGUGGGGACACCCCUCGUAUGAUAUAUUUCAUUAUCAAUGAAUUCAAUUCGAAAAAGAAACAAAUAUGAAAACACGUUAACGUUGUUUUGCCCUCAUCCCCUAUCAAACUUGCGCCGCCCCAUGUUAUGACAGUUCACUAUCAUCAUCGAUUUUUUGUUUGACUAAGUAAACUUAUACAUUAACAAAAACGUUCGUUUCCCUUUUUUCUGUGGUUCUUUGGUGACGUCGAGAAAAAAAAUAUUAGUAUUAUUGAACUACCGUAGUGUUGAUUGAUCUGAGUUCUAAGGCUUAUGAUGUUUUCUCCCCGGAAGAAGAAGGGAAAAGAAAAUAAAAGAAACAAAUUUAAUAAUCAACGAACAGGCAGAUUCAUUUAUUAUUUUUUAUAUAUUUUUUUUGCGUGAAAAAUCGUUUAGUGUACUUGCAUGCUGUUUCCAUGGAAACGACAUUUUGUCAAGCUCAUGCAACAAAAAGUGUAACGAGUAAUAAUGUACAGUUGAAACAGUAAGCAAAUUAACAAACAAUGUCUCGUCAGUGUUUUAGUUCCAUGAGGCCAUAUUUUUUAUGAAAUAGAUUUUUUUUACCAAUGCUUCAACGUACAUCAAACUAUAACAAUUGUUUUAUCUGGCUCGAGAUUAUUAUUCUGCAAUUUAAUACACUGUUUGUAUUUAUAACGUUUUAAGAAGCCUAUAUUGCUGCAAAAGGGAUAGGCACCCUUAACAUAAAAUUUUGUUUACGGUGUUUUUUUUUUUUUUUGGGGGGGGGGGUUAAAGCAAAUAUCUUUUAAUAACUAUGUUUGAUUUUUUUAUACAACGCUGUUUCAUAUAUGGACCUUACAUUGUGAUUUAGACAGUUUAAGCAAGUGUUUUAAAUCUUAAAGAACAGGUUUAAUCUUUAUUUUUUAAAUUUCCUAUAAACAAAGCACGGUACUAAACUGUUAAACGACUUAUGCCAGGUAUACACCGUAAAAACGUUCUUUGAAAUGUUUAGCAAGUGACGCUGUUUAAGCCCAUCACUCUAACAACUAUUGUUUAAAGUUUCUAAACAAGUUGUUUAAACAAUUGUUGUUUGAGUGACAAACUUAAGCAGCGUUUUUACAGUGUUGUAAACAGCGCUGUAUAAAUAUUUAAACAACAUUUUUACUGAAAAGCAAAUGGAAGGAACUUGCAGGAUCACUGCAGGAAAAGGCACUGCUGUCACCUUGCAUUAAGAGACAGACAAUUAUGGAACUUUUUGCUUUCCAUAUCCAUAACAGAUAUGAUUGUUUGCAACAUAGCUGGAUUAAUCAUAACUUUUUUUGUCUCAAAUCUUAUACAUUCGGCCUUGUCAAUGAUUUAAUUCUUACGAUAUCUGUCCAAGCGAAAAGUGACGUCGUUUUUAUUGAAACGUAUUGAGGUGUUUAUAUUGUCUAUGUAUAGAAAUAUAUUUAUUGAACUCGUGUGUGACUAUAUUUGUGAAUGUAAUCAUAUUUAUGCUACCUAUGUUAUCCCAUCUAUAUUACUAUACAACCUCUACUGGAGCUUCAUAUUAUGAAUAUAUUAAAAAUAAGAAGAAAAUAUUGAAUAUG